CCCAACACCAGAACGAGGAAAAGCCACAAGAGCUGCUGGCUGCUGCUGUCGUCUCCUCUCUUUGCACUUCCCUGAAGCAGAAGAAAUUGGAAGAUGGAAACUAACAGAAAAUCACGAAUCGCUUCAGUAUUCUUCUUUCUAAUUUCACUACCCUCUGUUUCUUUUGCUUACCGGCCUGGAGACAUCGUGCCUAUGAGCAAAAUGGGUCAAUACCACUCGUCAAGAACUGUGUGGCAUGACAUGAUCGGUAAACACUGUCCCAUUUUUGCUGUAAAUCGCGAGGUGUUGAUUCCUAUAGCAAAGCCAACUGGUUAUACAGGCUCUGAUCCCUAUAAAUUAUCUUUUCAAGUUGGAAAAGAGAAGUUUUUGAUUCCUUGGCUUUUUGUUAUACAUCGAAAAAGUUCUGAGGUUCCAAUGAUUGAUGUGCAUUUGAGGUAUUCAGGGAGUGAUCUGCAUGGGGUCAUGGCUAAAGUUAUAGAUAUGCCUCACCACUAUGUUGAAAUCCAUCCAGAUAUUCAUCAGAAAUUCUGGGAUGCCGAACUUUGGCCUAAACACAUUCUCGUAAGAUACACAUGGAAGGAACAAUCAGAGAUAGAUGUGAGUUCUGGAUUCUACGUUUUGUUUGGAUCGGGUUUGAUGCUGUCGUUUAUUCUCUCAAUCUACAUCCUGCAGUCAUCACGGGACAAAUUAGCAAGGUUUGUAAGGGAGACUGUUGCAGAAAGCAGCAUUCCUGCGGGAGGAGUUGCAAAGGUUGAAUGAGGGACCUCAAAAAGUUUCAAUACGUGCUGACCCAAAAAGCUGCAAGGUGGUGGUUGUGUUUGACUCAGACCAUAUCAUUUGGAACGUGAACAUCCGCAUUGAACCUGGUAGAGUGACUUAUGAGAUUGAAAUCCUCCAGAAUUUGAAGGUAUCAAAAAGGUGAUGAAAGUGCUGAUAGUCAUGUAACAACUAACAAAUUGCUUACAUUAUCAGAUAAGAUCAUCUGUUGUUGAAUAGCCGGAAAAUUGUAUUAUGCGUAGAAAAUACAGGCUACACUUUCAUAGAUUUCCAAAAUGAAUGUAUGCACUAUAUCCAUGGUUGAGUUUUAUGGUAGGGGGGAUGCAUUUCAUCA